CAGUUACACCACUCUCUGUGAACUCUUUCUGAAAGCUGCUGACAGAGCUUUGGCAUAUGAUCAUCCCCUAACUGCUGAUUAACAUAGCACUGUUUUAUAUUUAACUGAAAGCAGAGUAGGAGGAAUAGGAGGUGGGGCUGCACUGCUUAUAAGGAGAGGAGUAGUAACAAAAUUCUUCUUCUGCGCCGGUUUCUUCUGUCUUCCUUCACAGCUGCACUCCUCUGGAUCAGCCACUUUGCCUCUGGUUCAGAUGAGUGCUAUCUUUAAUUAAUUGAGUGCUUGGUGGAAGGAGAGGUGGGGGAGACAGAGACAGAAAGGAUAUAACUACAUCAUUAGAAUACAGAUCGAAUCUGCUGGCCUAAAACAGGCAACGCUGCUGAGGAGCUUAAUAAGCCUUUUUUAGAGUUAAUGUCUAGCUUUGAAGGAAGAGAGGGGAGCAGAGAUGCAGGGAAUGGAUUUUGAAGAUAAGAUGUCCAAGAAGUACUGCAUGAAGAAAAAGCAUGUGGCCAUUAUCUGUGCAGUGGUGGUUGUAGUAGGUUUAGCUGUGGGACUUGGUGUAGGAUUAAGCAGACCUGAGCCUUGCCAGAAUUCAGGAGCCACACAGCAGCCAGCAACCACCGUCCCUGGGACAGAGGAGCUGCACUACUGCGCUCCCAAAAAUGAUGUGAAUGGAGGCUGGAAAGACUUCAGGCUACCCACUUACAUUAACCCAGUGCACUAUCAGCUGGAAAUUAAGCCUGAGAUGGAAGCAGAUAUUUACACAGGGACAGUCAACAUCUCCAUCAAGUUGAAUGAAUCAACCCAGCAUUUGUGGCUUCACCUCCGAGAGACCAAGAUCACAGAGACGCCUGUGCUCCGGAAAUCCUCCGGGCAGCAGAUUGCACUGAGAGAUUGCUUUAAAUAUGAACAACAUGAAUAUGUGGUGAUGGAGGCAGAAGAGAAGCUCUCUCCUACUGCUGAAAAUGUCGACUAUGUACUCACCCUGAAGUUCCAAGGCUGGCUGAAUGGCUCCCUGGUUGGAUUUUACAGAACUACCUACACUGAGAAUGGAGUAACCAAGAGUAUAGCAGCUACUGACCAUGAGCCAACAGAUGCACGGAAGUCAUUUCCUUGCUUUGAUGAGCCCAACAAAAAGGCAACUUACACCAUAAUUAUCAUCCAUAAAGAACCAUUCCAGGCACUCUCAAAUAUGGCAGUAGAGCAAACCGUUCGACUGGGUGAUGGCUGGAACAGGACAACUUUUCAGAAGUCUGUCCCAAUGAGCACAUAUUUGGUGUGCUUUGCUGUGCAUCAGUUUGACUGGGUAGAAAGAAAGUCUGCCAGAGGAAUUCCUCUCAGGAUCUAUGCACAGCCACAGCAAAUACACACAGCAGAAUAUGCUGCAAAUGUUACUAAAGCUGUAUUUGACUACUUUGAAGAGUAUUUCAAUAUGAGCUAUUCUCUUCCAAAAUUAGAUAAAAUUGCUAUUCCAGAUUUUGGUACUGGUGCUAUGGAAAACUGGGGUCUGAUCACUUACAGAGAAACAAACCUACUUUACGAUCCCAAAGAAUCUGCUUCCUCCAACAAACAGAGAGUAGCAGCUGUGAUUGCCCAUGAACUCGUUCAUCAGUGGUUUGGAAACAUUGUGACCAUGGAUUGGUGGGACGACUUGUGGCUAAAUGAAGGAUUUGCUAGUUUCUUUGAGUACCUUGGAGUAAAUGCUGCAGAAAGUGAUUGGCAAAUGCUUGAUCAGAUGUUAAUUGACGACGUGCUGCCUGUGUUGAAGGAAGACUCCUUGCAGUCUUCCCACCCUAUUGUGGUCAGUGUGUCAUCUCCCGCUGAAAUAACAUCCGUUUUUGACGGCAUAUCAUACAGCAAGGGAGCAUCAAUUCUCAGAAUGCUUCAAGACUGGAUUACACCAACAAAUUUUCAAAAAGGAUGCCAGGACUACCUAAUUAAAUACCAAUUCCAGAAUGCAAAGACAGAUGAUUUCUGGGAAUCCCUGGCACAGGCAAGUAGAAAUCCAGUGAAGGAAGUGAUGGACACCUGGACCAGGCAGAUGGGAUACCCUGUAUUAAGUGUGGAAGCUAAUUCAAAGAUCACACAGAAACGUUUUCUGUUGGACCCCUCAGCAAAUCCUUCCGAACCACCCUCUGCACUUGGUUACACAUGGAAUAUCCCAGUGAAAUGGCAUGCUGGGAACGAAAUGAAUGUUACAUUCUACAAUAAGUCGGAAUCUGCAGGAAUUAUUAUACCACACAAAAACCCUGAUUCUUUAUUGAAAAUCAACCCAAGUCACUUUGGAUUUUAUCGUGUAAAUUAUGAAACACAAAAUUGGGACUACAUAGCCAAUAAUCUGCUAAAAAACUAUUCGUCUUUCUCUUCUGCUGAUCGUGCUGGGCUUUUGGAUGAUGCCUUUUCUUUGGCAAGAGCUGAACUUCUGAAUUAUUCUGUUCCAUUGAAUCUAACAAGAUAUCUAGAAAAUGAAGAGGACUAUUUACCUUGGCAAAGAGUUAUAUCAGCUGUAUCUUACCUCAGAGACAUGUUUAAAGAUGAUACAGAGCUCUACCCCAAGUUUAAGGCACAUUUUCGCAAUCUGGUUCAACCCAUUGCAAGUCAGCUUGGUUGGGACGAUGAUGAAACUGAAAGCCAUGUGAUGAGGCUUCUUCGUGCAGCUGUUUUAGAAUUUGCAUGCAGUAUGGAUGACAUGGGUGCUUUAAACAAUGCAUCUAGCUUAUUUUAUUCCUGGUUAGGUGGAGUAAGUCCACCUGUAAAUCUCCGGCUCUUGGUUUAUCGCUAUGGAAUGCAGAACUCUGGCAAUGAGACAUCAUGGAACUACAUGUUUCAGAAAUAUCAAAGCACUCCAUUAGCUCAAGAGAAAGAAAAGUUGCUCUAUGGUCUGGCAUCAGUGAAAAACAUCACGCUUUUGGACAGGUAUCUCAAGUAUAUUUACAACACUAGUCUUAUUAAAAGUCAGGAUGUGUUCACUGUCCUGAAAUACAUCUCCUAUAACAGCUACGGUAAAACCAUGGCUUGGGACUGGGUACGGCUCAACUGGGAUUAUCUAGUCAGCAGAUACACUCUCAAUGAUAGGAAUCUUGGUCGACUGGUAUCCAUAACCCAAACGUUCAACACUGACCUUCAGCUUUGGCAGAUGGAAAAUUUCUUUGAGAAAUACCCUAAUGCUGGAGCAGGAGAAGCACCAAGGAAACAGGCUCUUGAAACAGUAAAGAACAAUAUUGCAUGGCUAAAACAAAACAAGGGAGAAAUAGAAGCAUGGCUAUCAACUUAAUGUUUUACUUCAAAGUUGUGAAGAAUUAAAAAUAUCCUUUCUUAAUUUUAUGCACUUACUAUUUCUUACAUGAACAUUUGGGAGUCUGAUUACAAAUGCUGUAUCUGAAUCCUAUAAACCCUUAUGCACUUGAAUAACUUUAUUCAUGUAAGUAUGCACUAAGAUAAAUAGGACUACUUGUAAGAGUAAAGUCACUCGUGCUAUAAAGCAAUUGCAUAAUUGAGCUCCUGUUUGUCAGGAUGCUUUGUGUUUGUACCACCUAUUGCCCCCUGUUAAUACAGAAAACAAUCUGUUUAAUAAUAUUUAAAACUCUCAGGGAUUCCCUUCCUACUGCAUUUUAUAGGUGGUCUAUUCUAAGGGAAGUAAGUGGUAAUUUGAACUUGUUUAAAAAUAAUUGUAUAUAUUUAUACCUGUAAAAAACACAUCAUGUGGAAUUUAAUUUUGGAUUCUUAGUAUUAACGAAGUGUCAGUUAUUUAUAUUCUCAACUGAGUCUUUAAAAGUUUAACUACUGGUAUUCAAAGAAUGAAUAACUUACUGUUAAGUUUAUUAUGUGGGAUUCUAUAAUUUUUAUAUUUUAUUUUUCUCUCUAAAUCCUUCAAAUCAACAGCAUCUAGGAUAACAGUCUCUCUGUUUGACAAGGAAAUGGAUAGCGGUUGCCUCUCUUUUCAUAAGAAAAGCAAGGCACCACCACCAGCAACUAAGAAAUAUUCACAAUAAACGAGGAAAUAAAACCAUGAUAAAAAUAAGUAAACUGGUCAUCACCACCUUUUUAAAAAAUAUCAACCAGGGCAGGGGAUUUGGCAAACACUCUGGGUACAUCUACACA